AUGGUCAUGUCUCACAGUGUCAUGUCCGACACUGUGAACACCGACACGACGAUUGUGACAGUCAAGAACACUUUUCUCGAGUUCGCCAGCCUGGCCGAGGACGCCGCUUGCGACCCGGCCCUGCGCCGCAGCAGCUCCAGCCCCUGCAUGAGCCGGAGCUCCACGGACGCGGGCCCGGAGGCGGAGGGCUCCAGCGCCCCCCAGUGGGCGGACACGGAGGACGACGAAGAGCACGACGACGACGAGGGCGGCGUCGCUUCCCGCGGCUUCUCGGGGCCCGCACCGCAGGAAGGCCUGAGCGACCUCCUCCAGGUCCAGGGCAUGCCCUCUGCGGCCGCCGCGCGGGGCCCGAGCGCGAAGGCGCCGGCGGCGUCUGGCCGUGGCGGCGGCCACCGUGGCGUCCGCCCGGCCGGGCGCCCGCCAGCCGCCGCUGGCAAGGGUGCGGGCGCCGGCGAGGCGGCGCUCGCGGGCACGCCCUCGAGGCGGGCUUCGAUCUGCGAAGAUUGGCCAGAGGGCAUCACGUUGAUGCUGAAGAACUUGCCGACUCAGUACACCCGGCAUAUGCUCGUCGAGUUGCUCCGAUCCCAAGGGUUCCUGCAUCACUGCAAUCGGGACGGCUCUGCCCCCAUGCAGCCGGUCCCCUCUUGA